GGGGAUGUUCCCAUGGCCCAGCGCAAGCGGUUCACCCGGGUUGAGAUGGCUCGGGUCUUGAUGGAACGCAACCAGUACAAGGAACGGCUGAUGGAGCUACAGGAGGCUGUUAGGUGGACCGAGAUGGUCCGGGCCUCCAAGGAGCACCCUGGGGAACUGGAGACAAAGAAAAAAUCUGGUGUCUGGAACUU